UGCAUAAAAACAGCGUUGCAUCCGAGCGGCACCCGUCCUCGUUCCCAACGAGCUAUACUCAUAAGUACAGCUCACCACUCUAUCGGGUGCCAUGCCGCACUCUGACGCCGCUCCAAAGGCCCUGCCGCUGUCCGGAAAAGAUCCUUUGGUUAGGGUGUCGCCUCCCACCUUUAUCCAUGCCCUCAGCAAAGACACGAGCGAAUCCCAUGUCACUCUCAGCCCAUUAGCUUCAUUGAGUGGCUGGCUUUCCCUCCCGCAGGCCUGGUUCUUUGAUUACGAGCUGGAUCACGACACAUUAGCUAGGGCGCUCGCUCAGGUUUUACAGAGGCACCCGGUCUACUCUGGCCGUCUGGUCGACAUUUCCGGAGGCUUAUACAAGAUAGAGCUAAGCAAUGAAGGCGUGCCGCUUGCCAGAGGAACGUCGCACCUCACUCUCGCCGAUCUGGUGCCACGCUUCAUCCAGGGCGGCAGCGAGGUCGGUCACCCGGCGUUUCUCGAGUUCAUGUACGAGCCCCACAUGCCGACCCUUGACCAGAUUCUAUCGCAACGAAAGCCGUUUAUUUCCGCUUCGCACAUCACUCUGGCUGACAAAACCUCCGUGCUUGCCAUGCGUUUUUCGCACGCUUUGUUUGAUGAGACGCACAUCGGCUUGUUUAUGCGUGACUGGGCCGAUGCGGCACGCGGAGAAUUCCAGAUGGAUGAUCAAACCGCGGCGAAGGACACUGUCAGCAACCUGCGCGCGCUCGCAAACCCAGAGAACCACAUCGAGUUUACCGGGGACUUUGAUGCCCCCAAUGACACCGUCUUUGCGUUCCCGUCGGAGGAAGCCGUCGGAGGCAUGUUGGGGACUUUGCAGGAGGCCCUUUCCAAGAGCGCGUACGAGGUGUUUCACAUUCCGCAAGGCCGAAUCGACCGUCUGAUGACCGAGCUGCGCAGAGAAGAUCCCCGCCUGUCCCAGCAAGACUGCAUUGCCGCCGUGGUCUUCAAGAUAGUUUCCCAAUGCCGCGAUCCUGGCAUGACGCGCAUGGGGUUUGCUUCGGAUCUACGUCUGAAACUGAACCCGCCUGCCAGAGAAGCACGCGCAUGUGUGCAGCUUUCUUUCGCAAUCCCUGCAGUCAAUGCAGCGUCUGCCCCGCUCAUCAGCAUCGCAUCCUCCAUCCGCGACGCCGUUCUCGACAAGUCACUUGUCGCCGCCACCCUCGGGAUCAUCUACGCAGGCUUCGAGCACGGCCUCGGGCCUCGACUUUGCCCCACCUUGAACUUGGUGGGAAAAGGACCCGGAAGCACGCAGGACUUUUUCUGCACACAGUGGUCGCGCGCUGGCCUCUACGUUCCUGACUUUGGCAACGGACCGCCCCGCAAGUUUGCCAUCAUCGGCAGGGGUGGGCCCAGCGAACCCGCCCUACCUAACGUUUCUGGGGUGUGGGAGGCGCCGCCUGGAGCGGGAGGCGUUGUGGUUGGUGUCACGCUGUAUGAAUCGGAGUUGACGCUGUUUCGGGGAAAGAUGGCAGAAUUCGUCAACGGCAAAGACUUUUGAUAAGUAGAAGCUUCUCAUGGUCGGGGUCAAAUAAGGGGUGUGGCUAGUUUCGAAGAUGGGGCCGGAAGGACACCGGCAUUGGGGGCGGUAUUCUCGCUUAGCGGGCUCGACCGUUGCGGACCAAAGGUAGAAAACAAACGGUCAAACCGACUCAGGACUCUGUUGUCGAUGUCAUUGAUGACUGAGGUACUUCAUGGGCCUGCCGUUGUCCGGCGAGUGUUUUCUGUGGUCCCUACUGAGAGCGAUACAGUCCAUAUAUGUACGUAGGAAUUUUACUUCCGAUUGAGAGGUGUUAUACGGGUUCUUCAUCUGCAGUUUCCUUCCGUCCGCCGGUUCACCUUUCAUCUUGAUACCAAUACAAAUCCGAGCCUACCUUUGAA